CGUUGUCGUUCUCCAACUCCAUCAAUAAACAAAUAUGGUCGCCACACAUUGAAUUUCUUUUAAAUUUUUGUGUGGUGUUAUCUGAAUUAAUUGUAAAGGUGAGUUUAAUUUUCAUAUGCGACUUAGCUCACUUUUGUAAUAUCAUAUCAUUAAAGAUGCCUUAUGUUGCUGUAGUGAAUCCUGACGAAUUAAGUUAGGUUAGGCCAAUUUUACUACCAUUUAUACAUUUUAUUCUCUUCAAUUUCAAUUCCAAGUUGCUGCUUGAGGUAUAUUUUUAUUUACUGCAUAUGUAGGGCAGUAUGAUGUCAUACAAACUAAGUGUGUGUUACUGUUGGCGUACUCGGUGUAUCGAACGACUGCUCUUUUGUAAAAGUAUUCGUUACUCAGAAGACGAGACACAAGUUAAUAUUUACUGCAAUUUUACGUACAUGUACUCGUUUCCAACAAUUGGAUCUUUUCGGCUCAUGACGCAUUCUGUGCUUAUUAUGUUUUGAGCAAUGAUUAUGAGUAAGUAAUACUGUUCGGAAACCAACCUAAAUGUAAUGAAUACUCAAAAAUAACGAAAGUUGACAAUAAUAGCGACACUAUAGCGUUUGUGAUUUUCAUUUCCCUUUUAGUUCGUUUUUGGUAUGGAUCGAUCAAAAAAAAAGAGGCGUAGUUAUUUGAUUCGUAAACAACUUCACAAUGCUGUUGCACUUUUGGAAGUGGAUGCAGUGGCAACUAACCGUUCACAGAGUCAUUCAUUUUUUUGUGAUUCAACCACGGCAACUGAAGAUAUUGCUGAAUAUUCUGCUUCUAGUUAUACUGAAUAUGAUGAUGGGCAAUCAGAAAUAAGUGAUAAAGCUGCAGAGUCACUUUUACAUGUGCAAGAGAAUUCUUCCAGCUCUGAUAGUUCUGUCAGUUCAGUAAUUUAUAAUUAUAACACUCCACAAGAAAAUGAACUAGAUUACACAUCAAAAUUACGGCAAUGGGCAUUGGAGGAAAAUAUCUCGCAUAAAUCAUUGAACAAAUUACUUGUUCUUCAAAGAGAGCACAAUUUAACUGUACCAAAAGACGCACGCUCGCUUCUUAGGACACCUCGUACUGUAGCAAUGAAAAAGCUGGGUUCUGGGCAGUUUUAUUAUUUCGGCAUCAAAAAUACUUUGCUGCAAUUAAUUGAACAUAAUAAUUUAUCAAUUAGAAAAUCGUUUAUUUUUGAAAUAACAGUAAAUUUUGAUGGACUUCCUUUAAGUAAGAGCAGUAAUUCCUCAUUUUGGCCCAUUCUGAUCGGAUUUGAAAAUUUUGAGCCACUUAAAAGAGUUGUUGCCAUUGUUGGACUUUAUCAUGGUAAUGAUAAACCUAGUGAUAGUAAUGCUUUCAUAUCAGAUUUUGUAGAAGAAUCAAAACUGUUACAUAAGGGAUUUACAUUGCAAUUGCAGGAAUGUUUUAUUAAAAUUGUCGCUGUAAUAUGUGAUUUACCUGCAAAAUCUUUUAUUUUACGUACGAAAGGCCACAACGGUUAUUUUUCCUGCUCAAAAUGCUUACAAGAAGGGGAUUAUAUAAACGGAGUUAUGUCUUUUACUGAGGUGAAUUGCAAUAAACGAACAGAUUUGAGCUUUCGUAAACGGUCUCAGGAGGAGCAUCAUAUAGGUUUCAGCCUAAUAGAAGAAAUUCCAGACUUUGAUAUGAUUAGAAAUGUACCAAUUGACUACAUGCAUUGCAUUUGUUUAGGAAUCGUGAAGAGAAUUUUGGCAUCUAAAAAAUUUGGGAUCAUUUUUGGAAAGCCACCUCACAAAUUACCAUUCCGAAAAGUUAGCAUGUUUUCUGCUGCUUUUGUAAAAAUAAACGAAACUUUGCCGUUGGAAUUUGCAAGGAAGGCCAGAGUUUUCAAUGAAGUAAAACGUUUCAAAGCUGUUGAAUUUCGUUUGUUUAUUUUAUACGCUGCUCCAAUAAUUGUCCGAAAACACUUGCAACGUUCGUAUUCCAAAUUGAUUAUGAUAUUACAUGUCAUAGUGACUGUUUUAUGCAGCACCAGAAACAUUCGGAAGAUUGAUGUAGUUAAUUAUAUCACAGAUUUAAGCAAUCGCUUCAUUACUUUGGCAAAAAAUAUUUUUGGUUACGACUUUAUCUCUCAAAAUGUACAUUUGCUAACACACAUUGUAGAUGAUGUAGAAUUUUUUGGAGCAUUGGAUUCCUUUAGUGCAUUUAAAUUCGAAAAUCAUAUGCAGUUCUUAAAAAAAAUUGUCCGUAAAGCCGAUAGACCAUUACAACAAGCAGUUAAAAGAAUUUCAGAAAUAAACAGUUUGCCAAACGUUUCUGUAAAUACAAGUGACAGUGAAACAUUAAUUAUACAUAAUGCUCGUUUAGCUAAGAAUUCCAAUUUUACAUUAAAAACAAAUCAAAAAGAUUGUUACGUGUUACUAUAUUCCGGAGAGAUAGUUAAAAUUACUGAAUUUUGUAAAACCGAACAUUGUUUUGUUGCAAAAAAGUUUGAAAUAUUAUCAGAUGUUUAUAAAUAUCCCUGUAGGUCUUCUUUUCUAAAUAUUUACAAAUGUGAACAUCUUGAAGAAAACGCUGUAUCCUACCCAAUCAGUGCAGUAAAUUUGAAACUUGCGAUAUUCCGAGAAGAGCAUUACUGUGUUGCAAUUCCAUUGGCACACAUUCCUUGUCCAAAAUAAAAAAGGAAAAUGGAAAAUUAUGGUUGGCUGGUUGUUGUUUUUGAUACUGACAAAAGCAUUGAAGCAGUUCCAUCGAAUUGGUACAACACCACCACCGACAAAGUCUAUUUUCCAACAACUAAAGAUGUUAAAAAUAUUAGAAAUGCGAUCGAAACUGCUGUAGAACCUUCAUCUACAUGGCCCAGCUAUAAAGUUAAAAUACUUUCACGUUGUGAUAAUUUUGCGCAAGCGGAUAGACGUGCUGCACGUGGUACAAAUAGUGAUAAUGUCUCAUCACAUGGUGAAGAAAUUGGAAAUACCUCGGGAAAUACUCGAGUUCGUAAACCUCCACUACGUUAUGCAUCUGAAGCUGAAACUAGUUCCGAGAGCUACCAAAGUGAUGGUGGUUCAUCUAGGGCAGCAACUCCGCCGUUAAGAGUGAAUGACAGUGUUCAUUCUCAACGGACCAAAAAAACGCUUCUGUCUGCCAAGGGCCAAAAACAAACCAAUUCGUCGUAUGAUGCUUCCAUGAACACUCCCACAAAUUUUGAAUCAUCAGCUGGAAAUUUGCAACGUAAAACGUUUCGCCAUGAAACCGACACUGAAAAUCAAAUUUUCAAUUUACUCAGAGAUUUACAACGGCGUGUGGUUAGAAUGGAGCUGAAAAUUGAUCAACUACAAGAAGGAAUGGAUCGCCAAAUUCUACUUUCUGCUAAUAAUGUGAUUAACGAAGACGUAUUUAAAGAUAUUAAAGAAUUUCUUCCAUUAAAAACAAUUCAACAACUUGUAGAUUUUGAAGAGCUCCUGAAGCUGAAGUUUGAUUCAGCGGCAAAAUUGCUUGGUUUAGAAGGAGGUGAAAAUGUGAAACAUGCCACAAGAAAUGUGAUGCGACAACUAUUUUCAGAUGAAUUUUCUAAAGGUUUUUCCUGGAAAGGGGCCAAGGGAAAGAAAGCAUUAAAUUCAUAUGAAAGAACUGCACAACUUAUUAUUGAAUCUGUGCGUCAAAAUCAGAAGACAUCUAAUGCUACAUCUUCUGAUAUAAUUGCGGCAGCAAAGUAUUAUCUAGUAAAGUCGACGGAACGCCUAAAAAAAAAAGAAGCGAACGUAAUCAACAAUGCAGAGAUAUAAUAGCAACAUAACAAUCAACGGUAUAGAUAUAAUUAGAUACUCAUAUCUUAUAAUGUAUUUUACUGUGCAAUAUAUAUUUUUUGACAACCA